AUGUUUGAGAGGCUAAAAGAUGAUGCAGAAAAACCAUUGUACAAUGGAUGCAGAAAGUUCACGAGAUUAAGUUCUGUGUUAAAGCUUUAUAACCUGAAAGCAAUGAAUGGAUGGACUAAUAAAAGCUUCACAAAGUUACUAACUUUAUUAAAUGAGAUGCUACUAGAGGAUAAUGUGCUACCUACGAGAACAUAUGAUGCUAAACAAGUACUUGCUUCCAUUGGAUUGACCCAUGAGAAGAUACAUGCUUGUCCUAAUGAUUGCAUUUUGUUUCGAAAAGAGUAUGCAUCACUAAGCCAAUGUCCAAAGUGUAAUGAGUCACGUUACAUAAAGAACAAAUCUACACCUGCAAAGGUCAUGUGGUAUUUUCCAGUAAUUUUGAGAUUAAGGCGCUUAUUUCGCACUGCAGAAAAUGCAAAGCACAUGACUUGGCAUGCUGAAGGCAGAAUUAGAGAUGGGAAGCUUAGGCAUCCAGCAGAUUCUCUUCAGUGGAAAAAGUUUGAUGAUGAAUAUGAAGACUUUGCAGCAGAAACAAGGAAUAUACGCUUUGCUUUGGCAAUCGAUGGAAUGAACCUUCAUGGCAUGCAAAGUAGUACCCAUAGUACCUGGCCUGUGAUUUUAUUAAUAUAUAACUUGCCUCCAUGGUAUUGCAUGAAGCAAAAAUAUAUGAUGCUUUCUUUGUUAAUCUCUGGUCCCAAACAACCUAGAAAUGACAUUGAUGUCUACUUGUCUCUUCUAAUUGAAGAUUUGAAGCGGUUGUGGGAAAACGACAUUGAAGUAUAUGAUGGGUUUAGAGAUGAAUGUUUCACACUUAAGGCAAUGUUGUAUGGUACAAUUAAUGAUUUUCCUGCUUAUGGAAAUCUUUCUGGUUAUAGCAUAAAGGGUCAAUGUGCAUGUCCAAUAUGUUCCAAAAAUACAGAUUAUAUCAGACUUGAAUACUGUCACAAGAAUGUUUUCAUGGGGCAUCGUAGGUGGUUGCCACGAAAUCAUCCUUUUAGAAAAAUGAAGAAAGCCUUUAAUGGAAGUUGUGAUGAACGACGAUGUCCAUAUUCAAAAAGUGGAGAACAAAUUUUUGAAGAGGUUAAAGAUAUCAAAACAACUUUUGGGAAACCAUUUGCCAAAGACAUUUCAAGUAGAGGUUGGAAGAAGAUGUCAAUUUUCUUUGAGUUACCCUAUUGGAAAUCGUUACACGUAAGACACUUUGUUGAUGUUAUGCAUGUUGAGAAAAAUGUAUGUGGAAGUGUUGUCGGUACGUUAUUGAACAUUGAAGGGAAAAAAAGGAUGGUAUCAAUGCAAGCUUGA